AUGCCUCCAGGCAAGAAGCCUCCAUCAAUCUCCAAAUCCCGCGAACUCGUUCCCGUGGGUCCCCGGGAAGUAUUCGCCAAAAAUGCCAGUCGCCGCGACAAGGACGGGAACAAGCCCCUCACGGCCCGUGCACUCGUCCUCCGCAAUGGAAAGCACGGUGCACAAGGUACAGGCGAAUUGAUGCUAAUGAGCAGAAUGAGCGGAAGAGAGAAACUUGAUCUCCUCAGUGAGGAUCUUAUCGAACGCUCGAAGAGAGCGCUGGGAAAUCCUUUUAGGCUGGAUCAAUGCCUGAACAUCGCAGACUCCCAGCUCGCAAGUAAUCUCGAUGAGAUACUCAGCCUGCAAGAUCCAGAUAUCUUCUAUGACAAAAUUCGCACAGAAAUCAAGGCUCGUACUCCUCAAACGUCCGCUAACAGCACUUUCGACCCGCUACGAAAUCCCAGUUAUGUUGCUUCGAUCGUAUCAGCCAGAAUUCACAAUUCGUACAUGUUAGCCUCCGCUUGGAAGCUCGUCGGGGAUAUCCUUCGCGAGUUCGGAGAGGACGGUAUUGAGGACAGCAACAUUAAAGCCCAACUGAAGAGGAAUGCUAAUCUGAGGUCCCGGUACCUCAUUUUGUACGAUAUAGUGAAUGUAAUUGCAGAAGCUAGCCAGGCCAAAUUUGCCCUCCUUGCAACGACUGCUCCACGUUAUUCCCAAUACUUCAAGCCAUUACAGGACAGUGGUACAAAUCAACCAGAAUAUGUUUUCGACUUCUUCCGCGUGAGGGACGUACACAAGUCAUUCAUCGACUCAAUCAUCGUGGAGCUCUGCCUACCACAAUCUACGAUACCACGGCAGAUUUUAUACCAAAUCCUCCAUGAAGCCGUCGAGGAAACCCCCCGUGAUGCGAAGCGUUUCCCGCAGGCUGUCUGGGACGCAGUAGGCGACCUGUCGGUGAUUGUGCAGUUGCAAGAGUAUCUUGAGACGCCUUUAUUGGGUCCCGAUGGCGAAGCAUGGAAGAAGCUUCCCCGAGAGAUGCCCGAAGAUUACGAGAACUGGGUCGAUGCGCAAAUAUAUUCAGAGAUGGCCUCGGAGAUGUGCGCGAGUUUUGAAAAUACCAUAUACCCAUUAGAGAGAACAAAAUCUCGACAGGUGCUCGAUAACAUGUGGAAAUUUGUAAACCUCAACUAUAAAGCUACUAGUGGGAAGGAUAUUGAUACACUAUGGCAGCUGGAUGAUGUGAAACAGCGCACGCCACAGUGGCAUGCAUUCUACAUCCCAACGAGAGGAGCCGCUGACGACGACGGCGACGACAUGCCUAGCCUUGUACCCAUCAAGAGCAAGGGACAGCCGGGAGUGAAGAGUAAAGCAGGAAAGUUUCUCGCUAUCACGAAUGGCCCUGCGGACGAUAGCGAUAGCUCUAUGCCAUCAUUACAGUCCGUAUCUGGAUCAGAUGAUUUUAAUAGCGAAGAGGAUGAUGAUGAUGAGGAGGACGAAGAUGAGGACGACAGUGGAGAUUCGGAGGCCGGCUAUGACACAGAUGAAGAGGAUGCGCUUCGUGAUAUGUUGAGAGAGGCAAUGGAUACGGCCCUAGCGGAUCCAGACUUCCUAAACCCCAAUAGUGCCGCACCGGAGUUCGAUGUACUAGCAGAUGAGCGCAAAGGCAAUCCUUUCCUAAAGUUGUUGGGUUCGCUCAGGGGACGAAUGUUUUCGUCGAAUCCCACGUUGAAGACUACGAAGAGAACAGAACCUCGACGUCCAUUUGCGGCCAGACAAUCAUCUAAAGCUCCCCCACCCCAUCAUGCUUCUACGUCACCUGCUCAGGCUGCAGCCAAGUUCACAACUCCAUCAUCCAAUGCCACAGCACCUAAGAGUCACAAGACCACUAUGGAGGAAGUUGAAGACGAAGACGAGACACGCUCUGUUGCCAAGAAGAAAAAGAAAAAGCCGAAGAAGAAGAAAAAGCCUGCGGUGACAGAGGGCUCUCUGCCUGCUGUAGAUGCUGCACAAGCGGAGGCCAGGCCGACUACUCCUACAAAACCUACUCCCGCUAAUGGCAAAUUGGGGGUGCCCACUUCGCCUUCUUCAAAGAAGAUUGUGCCUCCUAAGUCGCCUGUGAAACCUGCACGUACAUCGACGAUCAACAGCUCGACAACGACGCUACCGUACAUGUCCACUACCUCCCUCCCUUUGCCACAAGGUCAGUCGGUGCAAUCAGGACAUGGAUACAUGCAGACGGAGGGUGUAAAGCUGAAGGAGAAGGUGAAGUCACGGCCUGAUUAUGGCAACCUCGCAUCGCUCCCAGAGAAGAAAUCUUUCUUCAGCAGAUUCAAGGCGGACAAGCCACGGGAAGAGGAGCCCGCAAUGAAGGGCAACAAGUUCAGCUUCUUUUCCAGGCUGUCUAAGAAAACAUCAAUGUAUAUGCAUCAACUCCUGAAUACUUCGGAAGACGAUAAGAAAGGUCUUGCGCCCAUGAAGUGGGAGCAUUUCCUCAAGGCGAGUUCCUAA